GAUCGAAAUUUCCAUCCAAUAAUUUUUGUUUUUGUAAAUUUCUUACCCAUACGCCUCUCGCAAGUUUUCUUCUCCAAAAUCCCCUUAAAAUUCUGCUGCUCCUACUUUCUCUCUCUUAACUCUCUCGCUUUCUCUCUCUAGAAAUCGCAGAAGAUGAUGCACAUGACCUUCUACUGGAGCCGGCAGGUCACGCUCCUCUUUGACUCGUGGAAAACCAACACGUGGACGAGCUACUCCCUCACGCUGCUCGCCUGCCUCAUCGUCCCGGCCUUCUACCAGUACCUCGAGAAUCUGCGGGUGCGGAUCAAGCGCGCAGCCUCCUCGUCUUCCCCGAAAUCGGAGUCCGACUCGCCGAUCCGGACCCCGCUGCUCGCCGCCAAGCUCGGCGGUGCCGGAGGAAGGUUCUCGGCGUGGCGGCUGGCGGAGAGCGUGCUUUUCGGAGUCAACUCGGCGAUCGGGUACAUGAUUAUGCUGGCGAUCAUGUCGUUUAACGGCGGAGUGUUCGUGGCCAUCGUUGUGGGGCUGGCGAUUGGUUACUUGGCGUUUCGGAGUGGGGACGAUGACGUGGUGGGUGCGGUGGUGGAGACUGAUAAUCCGUGUGCGUGUGCUUAGAAAAUUUUUGGGUGGAUUUGGAUUUUUUUAGAUACGAUUCGAAGGGAUUAGCCAUGUGUCUCUAUCGACAUGUAAUUGUCUGAUCUUGUAUGAUUGUGGUUGUUUGUAAUUUAUGCGUUGCUUUGUAUUUAAUGGUAAGUCGGCAGAUCUGCUUUCAUUUUGUUCA